AUGGCUGACAGCACACCCCCGUUGUCGAAGACCUCGAGCAUCGCAAUCAUCGGCGCGGGAACAUUUGGAAUCAGCACCGCAUACCAUCUGGCAAAACGUGGCUACACGAACAUUACAUGUCUCGACCGACACCCCGUGCCGAGUCUUGACUCUGCAGGUUAUGACUUGAACAAAAUCAUCAGAACCGAGUACGACGAGCCUCUGUACACCGAUCUAGCGCUCGAAGCCCUCAAUGCGUGGAGACAGCCGGAGUGGAAUGGUGUCUUCCACGAAACAGGCCGCAUUGUCACAACAUUGGGAGAUCCUCUGGCAGAGAAGCACCUCAAAGAGUCUUACGAGAACUUGAAAAAGGCUGGGCAGGCUGGUGGCCUCGAGCUGGUCGAGGGCAAAGAGCAGAUUGCGAAGCACGUCCCUCAGCUGCGCAAUGCAGAGGGGAUCGAGAAAUGGAAGGGGCUCUGGAACAGCCAGGGCGGCUGGGCGCACGCAAAAAAGUCGCUUGAGAAAUGGGGCCACGAGGCACUGGGUAUGGGCGUCAAGUUCAUAUCGGGGCCCGAGGGCACCAUGACUGAACUGAGUCUUGACAGUUCGGGCAGCCUAGACGGAAUCAAGGUUGCUUCGGGCGACGUGGUGCGUGCAGAUAGGUAUAUACUCUGCACCGGAGCAGCAUCACCAGCUGUACUUCCCGAAUUAUCCAGGGAGAUGUGGACAAAAUGCUGGUCUUUGGCUCACAUUGAACUGAACGACGAGGAAAUUGCUCAGUGGAAAGGGAUUCCUGUUGUGGACAACUUUGAAUUGGGCUUCACCUUUGAACCGGAUCCUGAAACUAGCAAGUCAACUUCCAACAUGGUCAUGGAGAGAAUUACUAACCGAUAUAAAGAGUGGAUGAAGAUCUGUGACGGAUCCCCAGGAUACCAAUACCGCGUCGGGACUUACACUGAUCCCUCAGGCAAAGUGGAACACUACUCGGUCCCUCGAUAUGCGAGCACACAUCCGGACGACGGCAUCCCUGAUGAAGCCGCCACUGCCAUCAAACUUUUCAUCGAUACUGUAAUGCCGCAGUUCUCGGGGCGGCCGCUCCUUGGCGCGAGGGUCUGUUGGUGUACCGACUCUCCUGACGCCCACUGGCUGAUUGACAACCAUCCAAAGCACCCGUCUCUUCUUCUGGCCACCGGUGACUCGGGCCACGCCUUCAAGAUGUUUCCAAUCAUUGGCGACUACAUCUCGGACGCUUUGGAGGGCAAGGAGAGGGGCUUGAAGAAGGAGUGGAAAUAUGGCAACAGAGAGUCAAGGCCUGUCGCGACUCGUCCAGGAACGGAAGUCAAGGAUCUCAGAGACGUUUUGCACCUGGAAACCAAACAGGGACUAUAG